UGGCUUUGAACUGCAAUCCUCCUGAUUGAUCUCUGCCUCCUGAGUAGCUGGGAUGACAGGCGUGAGCCACCAGCGCUAGCUCCUCAGUACUUUUGUACUACACAGUUUAACAUCUUUUAUGCUGUGUAUUGUCUGUCUUUGAAUGCAGAACAUGUCCCCUCUUGAGAUGCCUAGGACACCUGUAGGGCUCUUAGUGUCCCCUCUUGAGAUGCCUUGGACACCUGUAGAGCUCUCAGUGAUUUCGUCUGCGCCUUUAACACAGUUGCUGAACUAUAGGUUACCUUACAAAAGCAAGCAUCAUUACUGAUUUCUUUUGCGUGUGUACGGUACUGGGGUUUGAACUCAGGGUCCCAUGCUUACUAGGCAGGCGCUCUACCACGUUGAGCCACAACCCCAGCCUAUAAUUACUGGUUUUAUAUCAAGAAUACAAAAUAAAUAAUUCAUCCUGAGCUACCAGCAGCACCGCUAGAACUUUCCCUCUCACCUUUCAUUGAAAGGGAAGCUCCCAGGUAGAACAAAGGAUGCACAAGCUGCCGUUAAAAGAUGCUUGUUGGUUCUGUGUGUAAUUACAAAGAGAAUGUUUAAAUUACGUAAAUAACAUUUAGCUUUUGAAAAGAUUGGUCUGAUACUGUCAACUAACAUAGCCAGACCUGCUGCACUUCUUCUGAUAGAUCUCUUAAAUUAAUCCUGGGCUGUGCUUGUCUCUUCGUUCUUCUCUCAACUGAUCAGACUGCACCCCAAUCCGUGUCCGGCACCGACGGUCGCGCUCCGCUGGGGACAGAUGGGUAGAUCACAAGCCUGCCUCUAAUGUGCAGACUGAAACAGUCAUGCAGCCACACGUCCCGCACGCCAUCACCGUGUCUGUUGCAAAUGAAAAGGCUCUAGCUAAGUGUGAGAAGUACAUGCUGACCCACCAGGAACUAGCUUCCGACGGGGAGAUUGAGACUAAGCUGAUUAAGGGUGAUGUUUUUAAAACACGAGGUGGUGGACAGUCUGUUCAGUUCACUGAUAUUGAGACUUUAAAACAAGAAUUACCAAAUGGUAGUCGGAAACGAAGAUCGGCCACGAUGGUACCUGCCCAGCCUGAUGGUACAGAGUCUGAAUGGACUGAUGUAGAAACAAGGUGUUCUGUGGCCGUGGAGAUGAGAGCAGGAUCUCAGCUGGGACCUGGAUACCAGCACCAUGCACAACCCAAGCGCAAGAAGCCAUGAACCGACAGUCCUGUAUAGCAAAAGAGCGUCCCCUUCAUGUGCAUUUCUGCAAAACUUGCCAGAACAGUCUUCUGAGUCACCUUGCAGAAGUCCAGCUCUGCGUGACAGGACUGACCUCAGCUGCUUCAUACAGUGGCCUAGAACAAAAUGCUCCCCAGUUCCAAAGAUAGCCAGGACCCGCACUUCUUGUGUCACAUGUCUUGCCAUAUUUAAUGUUAAUAGCAGAGGAACCACCCCCCUUUUGUACUGCUCUAUGAACUUUUUUUAAACAGUGCUUUUUUUGUAUAUUUCUUGUACACUUAUAAACUAAUUCAACCAAGUGUUUUGCUUGGGUAAUUAAGGAAGAAAAUAUCUAGAUCACACUUUUUUAUUGUAACUUUUCCAGCUCUGGUUUUAUAAGCAGAACAAACGCAGCUGUUGACUAGCUGCAAGAAUGCACUUUACACAUGCUUGACAAUGCACAGUGACUGGCCAAUGGGAAAACUGUUUGGGGAUUUGGAAUUUGGUAUGUAUAUAUUCAUUUUCUGACAUUUCCUGCAAAAAGAAUUGAAAUAAAAAUCACUAAGA